UGUCAAAGUUACUUGCAAGUUGAAGAAGGAGAGCUGAAAUGAGACUGGGACUCCUCUCAGUGGUUGCUUGUUUAUUAACCCUCCUCUUCUCCUGUCAUGGUGUUCGGGUGUUCCAGCCUAAGACCCAGAGAAUGAACCAAGAUGACACGGUGUCCAUCAUCUGUGAACUCAGAGAACCAAAACAGCACAAUGUCAAGGACGUCAGGCUAAACCAACUUCUCCCGCCUAAGAUGAUCUGUCAGGUGAAUGGCACACAGCCAAACUGCACCUGGAUGAAGAUUACAGAGGACCAGUACAAAUUCACGUUACAUAACUUGAAGCUCGAUGAAGCUGGGUAUUUGUUGCAGUGUGAGUUCACCAUAAACCACCCUGCUGGGAAUUUUGAAACAAUACGGUCGCAAACAUCAACCAAUCUGCUACCAGCUGACACAGAGACGGCUCAGCUCUCUGACAGCCCUCCUUGUAUCAAAGAGCCAGAGCGGUCCAACCUUCUGCAGUGGAUAGUGAUUGGCAUGGCCGCGUUCCUCUGUUUCUACAGCUCCCUGAUCACCUUCUUCUAUAUCAGGCUACGGGUCAUACGGUCUGAGGAGCUGUAUGAUUCACUGACAUACGUCCACAUGCAGCCCAACCAGGUAGAAGCCAUGAGGGCAAGAGUAGAUGCUGCGAACAACCCCACCUACGUGGACAUGAGGAAGAUUCCGUUCGGAAACUCAAGAUCCAACCACUCCAAACUUCAUUACUAAGGAAGUAAAGAGGCCAUCAAAUGAUUAAGAAGCGUCAACCUAAUGAAUAAAGCACGCUGGCAAAAUGUGUACUUUUAUACUACAGGUACAAUGCUUUACUGGGCUAUUAUUAUAGAAAGACUUUACAACGUCCUGUGCUUCCUGCUCUUCUUUCAGACAUGUUGAUUGUAUUAUAUUUGAAAGGGCUGCUUAUUAUUAACCUGGCUGACACUUGACUUCAAGUUCUGGAAAGGGUGUUUUAUUGUUUUUUAUGAAAGGGAUAGGCUCUCAUUCUUCAAAGCGGCGGCUUCCCCAUUUCGAAAUAAACGAAUCAUGAUUGAUGUCACACUCAGGCGUCCCUCCACGAAACAAAUUGUAAUGUUCACUCCCAUAAUCGCAUAACCAUUGAUAAUUAAUAAGAACCAAACAAAACGCUCCCGCAUUUUCUGAGUGGAUACUGUGGUUCCAAUCGGUGAGUUAAUGCACUCCCCGCGCUGUGAGGAACGUGGGUCAUGUCAGCCAGGCUAGUUUUUUACGUUCAAAUGGAAAAAUAGUUUUAAUUAAUAAAAUGUUCUGAUUGUUAUGUUUAAAUGGACCAUCUAUUUCAACAUACCUAAAAUGGGAAAGACAUCUGGAAACACUUGGCAUUUACGUUAAUGUAAUGCGCGGGUGUGCCAAAUAGAGAAUAGCAAAAUUUUCUGGGAAAAAAAUAUUGUUUUUCAAAUACACUUUAAAUAAAAAUGUUUUUUUAAAACAACAAAGUUCUAUGUUGUGCUAGCAUGUGUUAUCACUAAAAGGAAAAAAA